UCAAUUGCCAAUAUGCGCGCGUUUCCCUCUAGACAAAGUAUUUCCUGAUGUGUCCAAGACACUGUCACCUUCCGCAAGUUUUGCGAUCUCUCUCUCCCCUUCAAACAACGUCUCCGCGGAUCAAAGCUCAACUGGAUUCCAGCAGCGAUCUUUCAAAAUUAAACAAACUCAACAAUAAGUUAUAGAAAUGACGUCAGGCUUGAGAAUCGUCGCAAAAUUUCGGGAGGUUACAAAAAAAUACCCCGUGGCGAGGGGAAUGGCCUCUUAUACUGUGAUAUGGCCCGUUGCUAGUUUAAUGCAACAAAAAAUUAUUGGAAAGGAGGAACUGGACUUUGUACAGGCCUUAAGGUUCAGUCUUUACGGAGGAUUUUUCGUUGCACCGACACUUUAUGGAUGGCUCAAAGUAGCAUCGCGCAUUUGGCCCAGGAGUGAUUUCAAAUCCGCAAUUACCAAGGCUCUGGUGGAACAAGUUACUUAUGGGCCAUCUGCGAUGUGCUGUUUCUUUUUUGGAAUAAGCCUCCUCGAAUUUAAACCCAUUUCCGAAUGCGUUGAACAAGUCCAGCAGAAAUUCUGGCCCACAUACAAGAUUGGUGUCUGCGUUUGGCCAAUUCUACAAACAGUGAAUUUCCUCCUCGUCCCGGAGAGAAAUCGAGUAGUCUACGUCAGUAUUUGCAGUUUAAUGUGGACCUCCUUCCUCGCCUACAUGAAAUCUCUAGAGGAUAAAAAACUCAUAAUAGGAUUUAUAGCCGAACCAAGAGUGGAAAUCGAAAAUGUCGAGACUAAGGACGAGAAAUUAAAGCCGAGUUGGUGGACAUCCGCACUUCAUUAACGAUAGUUUAAUUAGAAAAUUCUAGAUAAAUUGCCCUGUACAAAGUAGAUAAUGUCCCGCAAUUUUUAUUUAAUUUUUUUUUUUCAAUUUUAAUAAUUGACAAUUGUUCCAUAGAUAGGUUGAAUUUAAAAAUUUGAAAAUAAAUUUCGCGUUUAAAAGUGUGUCUUCCCGAGAAAGAUUGAAAGUAUCUAUUUUUGUGCAUAUUGUUCAUAUAAAAUUAAUGCACAGUAGAUUAUAAAUGUUAAGACAAUUCCAGAAAUUUGAACUUGGAAGAGUUGAAAUUUGUCCUUGAGAUACUAUUUUUUAAGAGAAACGGAUCUUCUGCGAAAGACGAGAUCGAGCAUGGUAUUUAGAGAAUAAAAAACUUGAUUCUAAUUUUCGAUUACUGUUUUUUUUAUUUUUUGCGAGUAUGUAUAAAUAAAAUUUAAGAAAUUAUAAAUGGAGAAUAAAUAUUUAUGAGAACAUU